AAGAAGAGAAUGGGAUCAGAUGGUGUUGUGUGGUCCCCUCAGCGCCAUCUAUCCUGGCUUUGUUCCCCCGGCCGGAGUGCCAACAGUUCAACUCAUUUAUUCAAAAGUAACAGUAGCCUAGGCAAGAGAGAGUGAACCAGCAGUGCAGUUUAGUGACAUUACUGGAGAGAAAUAAACCAUGUCUCAAGCUGUAGUGGCGCCCCGGGUGGUUGAGUGUCCUGAGCAGGACCAGGAAGAGGUGUGUGUGGUGUGCUUUAGGCGGGUGGAGAUCUACAGCAUCGGAGAGUGUGACCAUCCCGUGUGCUACGAGUGUUCUACAAGGAUGAGGGUCCUGUGUGCCAGGAAUGAAUGCCCUAUUUGCAGGAAAGACAUUUCCAAGGUAGUGUUCACCUACACAGUGACAUCCUUUGCCAACGUCAAGACAAGAAAUAUGCACUUUGAACGUCGCUAUGCUAUUUUCUUUGAAAACGAAGCAGUGAUGAGGGCUUACGAUUUGCUGCUGGAACACACUUGCCGUGUAUGUGAGGACUAUUCUACUUUCCAAAACUUCACUCAGCUUAAAGACCACAUGAGAAAAUCUCAUGAACGCUUCUACUGUGAACUUUGUGUAGAACACCUAAAGAUAUUCACUCAUAAGGCACGUUCCUACACUCAACCUGAUUAAUCACUUUGCAGGCGCAAAGGUGAUACUGAUGACAAAAGUCAUCGUGGUCAUCCACUCUGUGAAUUUUGUGAUGCUCGAUUCAUGGAUAAUAGCGACCUCUUUCGCCACUUGCGGCGAGAUCAUUUCUUCUGCCACUUUUGUGAUGCCGACGGCUCACAUCAGUAUUACGAUGAUUAUAAUGCAUUACGAAGACAUUUCCGCAAGGAUCAUUACCUGUGUGAAGAGGGAGACUGCCAAGAAGAACGAUUUACUUCUGUAUUUCGUACUAAGCUAGACUUACAAGCCCAUUGUACACAGACCCAUAGCCAGAACAUGAGUAAACAAGCUGCUCGACAGGCUCGUACAGUAGAUAUAGAAUUCACGGUCAACCACCGUCAACAAGACAACCAUCGUCAGGAUGACAGAGUGGGUAGAGGAGGCAGAGGAGGAAGAGGAGGCAGAGGGGGCAGAGGAGGAAGGAGAGAUCGAGAGAGAGACUAUGAAGACCAGAGAACAGUGGAUGAGGUGGACAUUAGACCACCACCAGUCACACAACAUUCCAUUGAUAUAAAUUGUGUGCAAGAUUUUCCAUCAUUAAAUAAUAGUGGCCCUGGUUCUGGAGCAGAGGCUGGGGGAGGCAGUGCGAGUAAAUCAAUGGCUACACACUUGGCAGCACAAAAUAGAUUUACUAUAAGAGCGAGAGGUGGAACAAAUUUAUUAGAAGACGAAUUUCCAUCCCUUGGCUCAACAAGUGUUACAGUAAGUACAGCCCAGGCUACAACCCAGUCUCCAACAUCACCGACCACCUCCGUACACCUUAAAGUUAACACCAAGAAAGCUCCUCGAGAUGCUCAGGGUACCAGUUCUAGGAGUAGCAAUGUAUCAAUACAAUACAAUCGCACAGUACCUGCUGCAACCAAUGGAACGAAAACACCAUCCACUGAAGGAGAAACUAAUAGAACAACAGGGCCACAGAUUGGAGUAAUUUCACAUAGCAGUAACAUAACUCUCCAGAGUACAGCCAAUGGGAAACCUAAAUCAAAUACUCCAGAGGAAGAUUUUCCAGCUUUAGCAGUUCCUUCUAAAACAACAAAUGUUGGCUUAGGGUCAACUGGUUGGGGGAGCGCAAUGACACCGCCUCCAAUCAGUGUGCCAAGUAAGGUGUCCAAGACUGUAAUGAAUGACUUUCCAUCAUUGGGACCAUCUAUGGGUGCUCCAUCCUUAACACCAUCUAAGCCUGGGAAGAAGUUUCAUGCUAAUGAUUUUCCAUCCUUGAACCCAAAUGUUGAAAGUCAGUCACACAUGCGGAAUUAUCAUGGCCGCUCGAGUCUUACCAUUCCUGUUAGUAAUGCUUGGACACACACCAUAGACCAUGUUCCCAAGCCUACUGAAGUAAGUGAGAAUUCGAGUGGAUCAAAAGGUAAGAAAAAGAAAAAAGGAUCCAGCAAGACGGGUUCAUCAGACAGCAUCGGUGGUAAUGGAAAUGCAGCUCCAGGCCUGACGAAUUAUACUUCAAAGGCAAAAUCUGGACCAAAAAAGAAACCACUUGGCUUGCACAACAUAUUUGACAACAGUGAUGAAGAGGGCCCUGAAACUGAUUUGUCAAUGAAGAGAUUAGGAGACUAUCAGUCGGUAGUUCCUGUUGCAAGUUCAAAUCUCCAAAUGAUUACAACUGAUUUGGUGAGUGAAAGAAAAAAAUCUGAGCUAAAAAUUGGAACUUUAAAAUCUCCGCCACCAGUGAUGGACAGUGAGGAGGCCUUCCCUACACUUGGGAUUUCAGCUGCUCCCUCUCUAUUGGCCACUUCUACAUGGUCUUCCCCAGCCAAGAAGUCACCUCCCCCGGGAUUUGCUGGUAAACCAAAGGUACCUCCUGGAUUUAGUGCCACUGAUAUGACCUUCACUAGUAGCUCUGGGGAGAAAUUUCCCAUCUCUCCAACUUCUGAGGCUGCUGUCUCUUCUACUACCUUCACAGCACACCCCACUGCAACUCAUUCCUUCCACCUCCCACCAGAGUUUGAGCUCAGGAACAAAACAUUAAUCAAGACAAUUCAUGACGAGUGCCAAGGGGAUGAGAAUAAGUUCACACAAUUUAAACAUUUAGCAAGUCAACUAAGGACAGGAGAAUUUUCGGGUCACUUAUAUUAUGAACAGUGUCGGGAAGUUAUGGGUAAGGACACCUUCCACAAAAUACUUCCAGAACUACUGGUGCUGCUGCCUGAUAUUAAAAAGCAACAGGAGGUACUAGCAGCCUACAGAAAACUUGAUGGCGGCCGUGGAUGCACCACAUUGUUUGCUGUGUGUGUGGUAUGCCAGCAGGUUCUAAACCAGGAUGACUUCAGCCAACACAUGGAAACACAUGACCAAGCAACUGUAGAGUUUCCUUCUUUAGCUCAAGUGUCCUCACACUUGCUCAAGAAGUGAAAAAAAAAAUCUUAAGCAGGGUAACCAGGAAGCAGCCACUGGAAGAGUCACCUUUUGAGAAUCACAGUGUUUUGUGAUAUGAGAAAAACAGUCAAUACACUACUUUUUUUUUUCUUGUAAAUAUGUAAAUCUGUGAAAUACAUAAAUGGGGCUGAGCCCUGUGUAGUGCACUUCCAUGAUGACAUUUUAAAUACAGGGGUUUAAGUUAAAAA